UCCCCCUCCCCCUUUGCCUUUGCCUUGCCCCAAAACAAGCAAGCGGCGGCAUUAAAAAAGGCCACGGGAACUUAAUCCAACCCACCAGCCAAAUCUGUGUGUGCCCUCGCGCAGGCGCAGCAGGGCACUGCCACGCCCACGCUCCCCUUCCCCGGCUGCCACAUCCGUGCGCGGCCAUGACGAGCGCCUCCGAGCUCUUCACCGCGCGCCGCGCCACCCGGGGGGCCCGCCUCGCCGACCCCGGCCCGGACCCGGAUCCGCACGCCGACGCGCUCCGGGACCCGCACGGCCUCGGCGGACGGAGGAGGCGCCGCGGGUGCCGCCCGCGUCGCCAGCUCGACGCCGCGGGGGACGUGCGCCAGCACCUGCACACCGGGGCACCGCCGCCGCGACGCCGCGGGUCGUACACCGACCAGAUCUUAUCAUACCUAGACAAUAAUAACAUUGGGGAUUCUGCUGCUCGGAGGAACAGACUUGAUAGGCUGAUGUUCAGGACAAAUGAACGGCUUCCAGGUGCUGUACUGCAAGCACAAGCACGUGUCCUGGAGAGACUAAGAGGCAUUUCUCUCGGUUCAUCUGCCUCCAGGCCAUCUAUUUCAUUAGAUGAAUUUUCUGCUAGCGAUGUGUUUAGAUUCAUCGACUUCAGAAACAGGGAAACCCGGCAUCAGGCAAAUGGGCCCAACUCUUCAUCGUACCACCUGAGCAGUGAAUCAGAUGAAGAAAUACCAACCAUCAGUUCCACUAACUUACACAGGUCAUCCGGACUUAGCAAGGCAGCUUUCUUGAGGCUGCAGAUUGAGAUUUUUGAGGCUAGCAAAGAUGACAACAGGGAGCCCUCGCCGGAGUGUUCCAUUUGCCUCGAUGGAUUCUAUGAUGGAGAUGAGCUGAUAAGGCUGCGCUGUGGUCACAGGUUCCACUCGACAUGCUUGGAGCCAUGGGUGCGCAAAUGUGCAGAUUGCCCAUACUGUCGAACGAAUAUUCGGUCACGGUCCUGAUGACAAGCCCCUUGGUUCCGAUAUAGGAUUAUAACCAGCACAAGAAUGCAUUGCUAUACUUUGCUGUUUUGGUUGUGCCUGUUAUCUGGUGCUUCUAUGACAGCCCUGUUGAAUUUCAUUGUGUAACCCUGAAUAUCUUUUGUUGUGCCGGCCCUAAAGAGGCUUGAAUAGUGUUUGUGAAAGGGGGCUGAUAGAAGUAUAGUUUAGGAAGCACCCUUAUCUCUGUGUGUAAGCAAAUAAUCUUGUUCUACUCAUGAUAAUGUUCUGAUGUCUGAAUUUCAGUUUCUAUGACAUGCAUCUUGCUGUGAGGUGCGAGGAACAUGGCUAAUGUAUGUCAACAGCGUCAGCUCUA